CUGGGGGCGCGUCUGCAGAGUGGGAAGCGGGUUUCAAUUUCAAACCCAAACCGUCCGAGGGACGAGCCAGCGGCUUGUCGGAUAACGUCAAAUCCUACUACUUACCGCGUUUUUGGAAUCAGCAACACAAUUCACAGACGAAGCAGACCAGUGUCGUUUUCUCCGGCCGUGCUCACAGAAUCCGCGGAAACAAAGUCGCCCGCCGCGUCUUCGCUCCAGUUUUUCCGCGCCUGGUUCAUGUGGAUGACAAACCGACGCUUGGCGUGUUUGCUGCAGGUGUUGACCAAUCCGACCGCUGCAUCACAUUAAAACUACUUCUCUAUUGGAAUUACACGUACAUCUGACAUAGCGAGCCAUUUCUGCAAGAAGCAUGCCGCGGUCCAACAGGCAAAAGGAAUACAAACCUGGAGACCUUGUGUUUGCCAAAAUGAAGGGGUAUCCUCACUGGCCUGCGAGGAUUGACGAAUUACCCGAAGGAGCCGUGAAGUCCCCUUCAAACAAGUACCAGGUGUUCUUUUUCGGAACACAUGAGACGGCGUUCCUGGGGCCCAAGGAUUUGUUCCCCUACGAUGAACAUAAGGAAAAAUUUGGAAAACCAAAUAAGAGGAAAGGAUUUGCCGAAGGACUCUGGGAGAUCGAGAACAACCCCACUGUCACGCAUGAAGGCUAUGAGUCAUCAAAGAAGGACAAUGCGUCAGAAGGAGCAGGGGAUACUGGCGGCUCGGAAAAGGCAGAUGCCGAGGGCAGCAGCGACGAGGACGAAGGGGCCUUGGUCAUCGACGAGAAGAACGAGAGGGGAGGGACUAAACGAAAAGCAGAGGAGUCCACAGAGGCGUCUCCCAAGCGGCCGAAGGAUACGGAGGCGGAAGGUGACUCUAAAGUAGACGGUGACAAGUCGAAUGCAGAAGCAAAGCUCAAUGAUGUGGCUGGACCCAAGCCAACUGCUCCCUCCUCACAGAGCGAGUCGAAAGCGGAGGCCCAGGAAAACGCUCCAGCAGGAGGCCAGCUAACAGCAGAUAAGCCUGUGACAGACAGCGCUUAACAGCAACUCACCGAAGAAAACCGAAUUGUUGAUGCUUUUCUCUGGAAUUCAAGCAUCAACACGAUUACCUGCAGGAUGCCAGAUUUCAGCUGUUUAAUUAAAAAGGAGAAUUAAAAAAAAACAAAAAAACAACAUGUUUGUAUUGAGAGACAAACAAAUCCUCAUUUGCCAUUUUUGGGAUAUCAUAUAUCCCAGAAUACAAAAAAGAAAAAAAAAGUUUGCUAAUCUGAUUUCAAAACAAUUGAAAUGAGCACUUUAAGGCUCAUUUAUGGGAUUUAGGUGUGUAUAUAUUUUUUAUUUCUAAGUGCAAUUACAUAAUUACAAAGACUGCUAGGUGUCAAAAACAUUUUUUUCAGUUUGGAGGGAAUAAACACUGAAUAUAUAGUAAAUAGAAAAAACAAACAAACAUUUAAACCACAAAAAAAGAUAAAUGCUCUCAUUUGAUGGUUUUAAAUCUUAGAUAUUGUACAGGAAUAAGAACAAAUUUUUCACCCAUGCUCUCAGCUUUCGUUCACAAAUUAAACGUUUUACUUACAUUUGUUUCACCUAGCUUCUCAGCUUCAUCUUAAAUCAUAUAUUCGCUCAUUGGAUACAUGAUAAGUUGCACUUUCAGAUUUCUUUUCCUGCCCCAUUAAUCAUUGUCUAGUUCACUGUAUGACGUUUUUAUGCAACACAGGUUUUGUUGCUUAGGUGUAGUGUUAUGCUUCAUAGCAAGUGACCAAAUUAUGUGAUUAAUGUCUCCAGGUUGAAAAUGUAAUGCCCAUUUGAGAAGAGCUAUUUUAGGAUGAAAACGAGCCACUUUGUAAAACCCCUCUGUAAAUGACGAUUGUGCGUUGUGGAAAGCAGAAAGACAUUCCUGAAUGUUGUUCAGUCACAGCUCGGUCGGCUCAAGGUGGAGCUGUGGCGUUUGUGGAGGGAAAUUAUCUGGCAACCUCUUGAUGGAUUUCAUCGACUCAACUCUCAAUUUCAUGUUAUAAGUUCAUGUUUAGCUCACAUGAAUGCUGCCAUUGCUUGAUACUGGAGAUGUCAUUGUGAAUUGCACUCAGUGAUUGGUUGUACCAAAUAUAUGUUUUUUUUUUUCAGCUCUGAUUUUGUCGAACGCCAACAUAAGAUCAACACAAAAAUUAAAUUAGAGGAGUGACUCAUUUGUAACACUUUUCCAAUCCUUUUAACUGGAAUACGAGUCUGUUUCACUUCAGUUGUCUUAUUAUUUUGGCCGUGAAACGAUAUUUUGAUGUUUUUGAAGAUGUGUUUAAUUUGAAUAUUUGUUUAGACAUGUUCCAAAUGUGGUGUUGUUAUUUUUCCACUAUUCAAGUUUUUACAGAUGUUAGGCCUGCUCACCAUGUUACUUGGAUGUUUUAGCUUCAGUGUUCUUCCUGUAUUUGGCAACAUCAAGUUCAAAGUUUAACGAUGAACUGAAGGGAAAUCUCCGCUUCUAACUGACUGCUGUGUCUAAGAUGGUUUGCACCGACCUUCACCACUGAUUUCAAACUAUGAAAUGCUCAGUUGCCCACUCAAAUCUGGAGUUGGUUUCCAAGGGUAUAAUUUGGCGUUGAAGUGUAAUUCUUGGUUUAGCUUUCUCUGUUACUUUCAGAAGCUGUCAUUCAUCUUAAUCUGCUGCUUAGUUUACUGUUGUAGUUGCCAUUUAAUAAACAUGUCGAUUGCAAAGAAAA